AUGCUCCCGUCUUUAUGGCAGGCGGAGGAUCGCGAGGCACAGAGGCAGAUGGUGCGCGCGGCGGUGGAGCGAUGGCGGAAGGAGCAGCGGGCGCGCGACAAGCGGGAGAUGAACGAAUCCAUGCCGAACACGCAGCCGCCCAAGGGGGAGCGGUUCCUGCUGGGCCCGAAGAUAACUGACUGGGACGAGCAGCGCGCGGACUAUGUGCGGAAACACCCCGGUUGCAACGAGACGCGGCAGGGCAAGGCGCGCGUGAUGCUGGUGACGGGGUCGCAGCCGGGCGUGUGCGACAACGACGUGGGCGACUUCCUGCUGCUCAAGUCGCUCAAGAACAAGCUCGAUUACUGCUCGCCGCGAGACAUCCAGAUCUACUACAGCACGGCCAUUCUGGAUCGCUCUAUGGACUCGUUCUGGGUGAAGCUGCCGCUGCUGCGCAAGCUGAUGCUGUCGCACGCCGAGGUGGAGUGGUUCUGGUGGAUGGACUCCGAUGCUGUUUUCACAGACAUGACGUUUGAUGUGCCGUUUGAGAAGUACGAGCCACACGUCCACAUGGUGAUGCACGGAUAUGACUCGCUGGUCUAUGGCAAGAAGGACUGGGUGGGGCUCAACGCUGGCAUCUACCUUAUCCGAAACUCGCAGUGGUCGCUUGACUUCAUGGAGGACUUGGCGCAGUUCGGAGUGAAGGGGCCGAUGAGGGACGCAGCAGGCGUGAAGCUGUUCAAGGAGCUCUCUACCCGCCCCAUGUUUGAGGGAGAUGAUCAGAGCGCCAUAGUGUGGAUGAUGGCUUACCACCCGGAGAAGUACGCCAAGGGCAUUCACCUGGAGAGCUCGUUCAUGCUGCACUCCUUCUGGCCCACCAUCACGCCACACUACGAGGAGCUGAUGGACAAGUACCACCCGGGUUACGGAGACCACCGGUGGCCGCUGAUUACCCACUUUGUGGGGUGCAAGCCGUGCGGCAAGAUCGGGCAGAUUGAGUACGAGGAGACACAGCGAUGCGUGGAGAACAUGGAGAGGGCGUUCAACUUUGCUGACAACCAAGUGUUACGCAAGUUUGGUUAUGAGCACCUUCAUUUGGAUACAUUCCAAGUUGUGAAGAUCAACUUUACUACGUACAAGGCGUCGGAGUUCGACUCGCAUCCGCAGAAGAAUAGACAGUUGGAUUUCUAA